AUGGCGUUAACGACUUCCUUCUUGAUCGUGGGCGGCGGCACUUUCGGGACUGCCGCCGCCUACGAGCUCACUCGACGGGGCUAUACAUCAGUCACAGUUCUUGACCGGUCUGCCCCGCCAUCUUGCGAGGCAGCUGGCAAUGAUCUCAACAAAGCAGUCCGUGCAGACUAUGCGGAUCCAUUGUACGUGAAGAUGGCAACGGAAGCAAUCGACGCAUGGCGAGACCCGAAUGGUCUGUACGCUGGACUGUAUUCGCGCACGGGCUGGAUCUUGGCGUCGGACCAGGAUGCCAGUGAAUGGAUCAGGCAAUGCUCUGCCACCGCUGCAGGGCUCGGUGUCGAGAACGCACAGGAUAUAUCGUCGGAGCAGAUCAAGGCAAGAUGGCCAGUUCUGCGAGGUCCUAUGGCCGACUGGAGUACCUUCUGGAACGGCAGUGCUGGCUGGACUAAUGCUCGAGAAGCUCUGAAUCGCGUGGCUAAAGCGGCGAUGAACAGAGGCGUCAAAUACAUCAGCGGUUCGGCAGGUCAGGUCGAUUGUCUGCUGUACGAUGAACGCGGCAGAUGUAUCGGAGCGCGAUGCCGGAACGGCAACGCGCACUACGCAGAUCACGUGGUCCUGGCCGCCGGAGCAUACAGUGCUGCGUUGCUAGAUCUCAAGGGCCAGCUAGUUGCAAAGGGCCAUUCAGUAGGACAUAUCAAACUCACCAAGAAUGAGGCAAAGAAGUAUGCUGAUAUGCCACUCGUGGCACAUAUGACGGGAGGUCUCCUCUUUCCACCACAGGAGGACGACAUCAUUAAGUGCUCAGCCAUGCAGUUUGUAACGAAUUACGCCGGCACCCGGCGCGGACUGUCACUGCCGAGAUACCGAACAGACUACCCCGGCGAUGGCUUGCCUGCGCACAUCGAGAAAGCAAUGCGAUCGUUCAUUGGACAAGUGCUACCUGAGCUUGAGCAUCGAGAAUGGUUCGAAACGCGAAUCUGCUGGGAUGCCGAUAUGAACGACUACAACUUCCUGUUCUCGCAUCACCCGCAGCAUGCUGGCCUGAGCCUUGCGGUCGGAGGCUCCGCGCAUGGCUUCAAGUUCUUCCCAAUCAUUGGCAAGUACAUCGUAGAUAUGCUCGAGAGUAAGCUGGAUCCAGCUACACGACAGCAAUGGAGAUGGCGACCGGAUGCAAAGCGUCCCGCAGAUGCUCCCGAGCCUCAUCCCGCAGAGCUGCUUGACCUCAAUGACUUGCCGGGAUGGAAGCGGCCCAGAGCCAUGUUGUGA